AUGGCGCCAGCCCUCCUCGGCCCUCCCGUGAUCCGCGGUGCCCGCCCGACGCUCGCGGCCGCCGACGCCGACGCCGAGGCCCCCGCGUCCCACCCCUUCCUCGACCUCCUCGACGCCGGCUUCAACGACGACGCGCCCGCCAAGGCGGGGCUGCCGCCCAACAAGACGCGCACCGAGAACGGCUCCGCCACCUACGCGGCCUCCGGCAACCCCUGCCUGGACCUCUUCUUCCAGGUGGUCCCGGGCACCCCGCCGGACCGCGUGCGGGGGCUCGUGGCGGCGGCCUGGGCGAGCGACCCGCUCACGGCGCUCCGGCUCGUCGCCAACCUCCGCGGCGUGCGCGGCACGGGCAAGUCCGACCGCGACGGGUUCUACGCCGCCGCGCUCUGGGUGCACGGCCGCCACCCGCGCACGCUCGCCUGCAACGUCCCGGCCCUUGCGGAGUUCGGCUACCUCAAGGACUUCCCCGAGCUACUCUACCGCCUCGUCCACGGCGCCGACGUCCGCGCGGUCGCCAGGGCCAGGGCCGACGCCGAGAAGGGCCGCAGGGCCUUCAAGGUCCGCGUCGCGCAGCUGGCCAAUCGGAGGCGGCGCCGCGCCGGCGAGAAGACCAUGUCCAAGCGAGGCAGGAAGGCGGCCGCCGUGGCCCCGGUGGAGACCGACGAGCCUGAGCAGGCGAUGGAGGUGGAGCAGCAGAGGCCCGAGGCGAUGGAGGUGGAUCUGGAUCAGAAGACGCCGCUGCAGGAGGCGGCGGAUCAAGACGCGGUGCCAUCGCCAAUGAAGGAGGAGGUGGCCGCGACCGCGACUGCGACGAAGAAGAAGGUCACCAAGAAGGUGCUGAAGGUGGCCAAGCUCGCCGUGCAGUCGCUGGAGAUGUACUACGGCGACCGCGCCUACCGCUUCCUGUUCGACUGCGUGGCCGACUUCUUCGCCGACCUCCUCGCCUCCGACCUCAAGCAGCUCGCGCCCGGCGGCAAGAAGAGGAAGAUCGGGCUCGCGGCCAAGUGGUGCCCCACGCCGGGCUCGUCGUUCGACCGCUCGACGCUGCUCUGCGAGGCCAUCGCCCGCCGCCUCUUCCCGCGCGACUCCACCCCCGACUACGUGGGCCUGUCAGAGGAGCACUACUCCUACCAGGUGCUCCACCGUCUCCGCCGCGAGGUGCUGGUGCCGCUGCGCAAGGUCCUCGAGCUCCCCGAGGUGUACAUGAGCGCCCAGCGGUGGUCCGAGCUGCCCUACACCCGCGUCGCCUCGGUGGCCAUGAGGCGCUACAAGGCCCUGUUCAAGAAGCACGACGACGUGCGCUUCGGCAAGUACCUCGAGGACGUGGCGGCGGGCAAGGCCAAGAUCGCGGCCGGCGCGCUCCUGCCCCACGAGAUCGCCGCCGCGGCCUACCGCGGCGAGAAGGACGACGUGUCGGAGCUGCAGUGGCGCCGCAUGGUGGACGACCUCCGCAAGAAGGGCUCGCUGAGCAACUGCAUCGCCGUCUGCGACGUGUCCGGGAGCAUGAGCGGCACGCCGAUGGAGGUGUGCGUCGCGCUGGGCUUGCUCAUCUCGGAGCUCAGCGAGAAGCCGUGGGCGGGUAGGGUGAUCACCUUCAGCCACAGUCCGGAGAUCCACAUGAUCAAAGGGAAAACCCUCCAGGAGAAGCUGAGGUUCGUGCAGCGGAUGGAUUGGGGAUAUAACACCAACUUCCAGGCGGUCUUCGACCGCAUCCUCCGCACGGCGGUGGACGCCCAGCUGCCACGGGAGAAGAUGAUCAGGACCGUGUUCGUGUUCAGCGACAUGGAGUUCGACCAAGCAUCGGCGAACCGGUGGGAGACUGACUACGAGGCCAUCUGCCGCAAGUUCCAGGACGCCGGGUACGGCGACGUGGUGCCACAGAUCGUGUUCUGGAACCUGCGGGACUCGCGCUCCACGCCCGUGACGUCGACGCAGCCAGGGGUCGCCAUGGUGAGCGGGUUCUCCAAGAACUUCGUCAAGCUCUUCUUGGAGAACGACGGCGUGGUGAACCCGGAGGCUGUCAUGAAUGCAGCGAUCGCCGGCGAGGAGUACCAGAAGCUUGCCGUGUUUGAUUGA